CGUUUGUUCAGUUGCUGUGUAAUUCGCGUGUGUUGUUGAGAUAUUGGAGUAAUAUCAUUUUGACCGUAUCGGCACACAGUUAUACAGUGUAUAUUAGGGAUUUUCAGAUCGGUUUGUCAAAGUGUCAGUUUUCAUACAGUUGCUUGCUCGCUAAAUGCCUGACAGAUUAAAAAUAUAAAUUCGACCUAUUACUGUUACUAUGGACGAAUCUAACCGAGCCUCUUCAUAUCUGGACGAGCCGCCAAACAGUCGUCUGUUUCUCGUUACCAGUAAAUCUAUAACUGAAGAGAUCAUACGGGAACAUUUCGCAGAUUUCGGGGAGAUUCAGGACAUAUGGGUGGUGAAAGACAAGCAGACGAAAGAGUCGAAAGGGGUGUCGUUCGUGAAAUUCGCCAAGUCCUCGCAAGCCUGCACAGCGAUGGAGGAGAUGCACGGCAAAUGCCUGGCUGAAGGAACCAAACCUAUUAAGGUCUUCAUCGCUCAGUCCAGAUCUUCUGGCAGUCAUCGAGAUGUGGAGGAUGAGGAGCUCACCAGAAUAUUUGUCAUGAUCCCAAAAUCCUUCACUGAGGACGAUUUAAAAGAAAAAUUUAAGGUUUAUGGCAAUAUAGAGUACGCUAUUAUUAUAAGAAAUAAGACCACAGGUGAAAGUAAAGGUCUGGGUUAUGUAAGAUUCCACAAAGCUUCACAAGCUGCCAAAGCCAUAGAAAACUGUGACAAGACUUUCAGAGCUAUUUUAGCUGAGCCCCGAACCAAAAACGCAUCAGCAGACAACGAUUAUUUUACCAACCUCAGAUCGGAGCACUCUGGAAACGAUCCAGGCUCCAACUCAUACACUUUUGCACACGAGUCUAGCAGCUACACCGCAGGGGAAACGUGGAGCUCUGACAUCAUCACCCGGUGCCUGAUGGUGUCGUCGCGGGUCGCGGUCACGCAGGAGCAGAUAUGCGGUCUGUUUGACCUGAUCCCGGGGAUGGAUUUCUGUGAGAUGCAGAGAGAUCAAUACGGCUUCAGCAAAGGUCAUGUGGUGGUGCGGUAUAAUAACCUGGGCUCUGCGGUUUAUGCUAAAGAGAAGCUGAAUGGGUUCGAGUAUCCGCCUGGAAACCGUCUCUCUGUAACUUACAUAGACGAUGGGGAGGACAGGACGAGUCCUGUGGGGAAGAUGGCGAUGCAGCUUGUUGCCGCUCAGAUGAUGUCUAUGGUGUGGAACGGCCCCACUGGGGCACAGCUAAUGAAGACUAGCACGGGCUAUACGGCGCCCCCUACACAUCAGAAAACACGUGUGCAGACAGAUGUAGCUCUCCCUUCUCUAAAGAAACUGGUGUCAUCUGACAGCGUGGUGAAGGAGAGGCUCUUUGUCAUCUUCAACCCCUCGCCUCUGCCUGUGGAUGUUCUGGAGGACGUGUUCUGUCGUUUUGGUUCCCUGAUGGAGGUUUACUUGGUUCCGGGUCGGAAUGUGGGAUAUAUAAAGUACGCAGACCGAAAACCUGCUCACGAAGCCAUAGCACUACUGCAUGGUAAAGUGAUUAAUGGCGUCAAGAUGAAGGUCAUGCUGGCAGACCCACCGAAAGAGGAAUCGCACAAACGCCAGAGAACUUACUGACCUUUGACCUUGCGACAGACACAGAGGUUUAGAUGACAUGACGCAUGACCCCGACAUGACAGGACGGCUAUUUAUGAUGACACGACCUCAUAACGACGGACACUGACUGCCAUACUGCCGAUUCAGUUCUUUGAUAACAAAGAAAGUGUUUUACUUCUCUUUUUUUUCUUGUUUACUCUUAGCCAACUGCCAGCAAUUGAGACACUUAAAGUGAUAGUUCACCUUACUAUUUUUAUCUUAUUUAAUUUUAUUGACAAAGUGUAAGGACUUCUUUUGUGUUCCACAUUGUCAUACAGGUUUGGAUGGACAAAAGGUUGAGUAAAUGAUGACAGAAACGUUUCAUUUUUCAGUGAACUAUCCCAGUUAACAAAGGUGACAGACAAAACUUCAGAAGAGUUUGAGCUCAUGCAUGGCCUCUGUAUGUAUCUAAUGUGAAUGGAAUGAGCCAAUAAAAAGAGUUUGA